AUGCUAUACAGUUUCUCUUUCUUGGUUGUGGCUAUGACCUGUGCCACCACUGCCACCAGUGCUACCCCUACCGUCCCUUUCACCUGGCCCCCUACGCAAGGAUCCAUGUCCGAUUUCGAGUACAACUUACGCUACGGGUGCGGUUUCAUGACAUGGUGCGGAGGCUUCGAUGGCGGAUGCGAAGCCGAGGUAUUGCAACCCACAAUGCCACAUAGAUUUGCUGAGCACUUACUGAUAUAUCUGGGUGAUGUUAGUGCCAGCGUCAAGGGAAACAAGGCUGGACUUGCACGAGUCCCAAUUGCGAGUGUCUUUGCGAGUAGAGCUAUUUGA